AUGGGUAGGAAUAUGGUACAAAAAUCACCACGGGUUCUCGAAUUAGAUGUUGUCUCAGCAUUGUCAGCACAGGUCUCUACGCUGACCAACCAAGUCAAUCAGAAGACCAUGAUCAUUAACAAGCAACAAGCCCAGCCAGUGAAACAAGUUCAAAUAUUUUGUGAAGUAUGUGGAGAGGGUCACAUGAGCAAUCUAUGCCCAGCAAAUCCAGAGUCUGUAUAUUUUGUGGGUAAUGCAAAUCGAGGCCAAACAAAUCAGUAUGGGGACACUUACAACCCCAACUGGAGGAAUCACCCAAACAUCUCCUGGGGUGGAAAUCCAGGCAAUCAGAAUCAAUACCGGCCUCAAGCACCUCAACAACAAUCCAGACCACCUCAGGAUGAACAACAAGCUAGCCUUGAGGAGAUGAUGAAGAAAUUGAUGGCCGACCAACAAGCCCUCAAUCAAAAAUUAAUAGCAGAUCAGCAAGACUUCAAUCAGAAAUUAAUAGCAGAUCAACAAACUUUCAAUCAAAAAAUAAUGGCUGAUCAGCAGGCUCAAGCCACAGCACUGAGAAAUUUGGAGCACCACGUGGGCCAACUUGCUAGAGCCCAAAAUACCAGACCAGCAGGGGCUCUUCCUAGUGAUACUGAGCCCAAUCCUAAAGCUCAAGUCAAUGCGGAAGUGCCUAAGUAUGCAAGGUAUCUCAGAGAUAUUGUGGCAAACAAACGAAGACAUGCGGAGUUCGAAAUAGUUGCACUUACUGAAGAGUGCAGUGACAAAGUUCAGAGGGCUAGUAUAAAUUUGGUGCCAUACUCUUUGUUCAAGCAACUUAGAUUGGGGGCUCUCAGACCUACUACAAUCACUUUACAGUUAGCAAAUUGGUCACUAGUCAUGCCAGAAGGAAUUAUUGAGGAUGUGCAGCUGAGGAAGUGCCCAUUUUUGGGGCGACCAUUCUUGGCUACUGGUGGAGUAAUUAUUGAUGUGAGGGCAGGGAAGUUAAAAAUGAGAGUUGACGAUGAGGAGGUCACUUUUAAUAUGUACAAGGCACUUAAGCUCCCUACGCAUUAUGAGGACUUGUGCAUGAUUACUGUGGUAGAAUCGAAGGAGAUAGAGCAGAGUCCUUAUGUGAAGUGUAGUGAUCCAGAUGGGACAACUGAGUUAGAGGAGGUAGUGUUGCAAGCUGAGUGUGUAAGGACGAUUGCAAAAAGAGCCAGAGAUGAAAGAGGAGACCUUCCGAGAGUGUGCAAAAAGUCUAGACUUUAUGGGAGAAAGAAGAAGAGAAAACGCCCAGCCUGA